AUGGACUGUACUUCCAUCCAGAGCUGCUCUUCCCACGAAGCCAAACCCCUAAAUGAAAAAAAAAAAAAAAUGGGGUUUGUAAAGGCAGAGGAGUUCAUGAAUCACUACAUGAGAGUGAACCGAGAAAUAAAAGAGUUAUCAAAUAGGAAAAAUGAAGAAUUCAAAUUUAAUAUAUUUAUAUUUUAUUCUAACAAUAUUGACUCAAUAUGUACAGAACAUAUAUUACAUUUUCAUAAAAAUUUAAAAAAAGAUAUUAACAUAUUCAGUUAUGCUAUAGAAAAAAAAGAAGAUAUGACAAAAUUUUUUAAAAAAUAUGAUGAUAUAUAUUCCAAAAAUAAAGAAUAUUACAGAGAUUAUUUCUUUGCAGUAAUAUUAAUAGGUAUAUGUUGUCACAUAAACACAGAUAUUAGUAUUUAUGAGUCUAUUGAAAACUUUUUUAGUAAAAUAUUAGGAAGGAAUUACUUGGAUUAUUUGAAGUUUUUCGUUAUAGAUAAUAAGAGACCUUUUCAUGAAAUUUUUGCAAACAGUGAUAAAUGGGACUUGGUACUGAACGAGGCAGAGCUCAAUGAAAUUAUGAGUAUAUACAGUAGAAGUGAGAAAGACGGGGGGAGAGGCGGCGAAAGAGAUGAAAGAAGUGGAGAUGUACAAGAUGAUACGCGUGGAGAUGUACAAGAAGAUACGCGUGGAGAUGUACAAGAAGAUACGCGUGGAGAUGUACAAGAAGAUACGCGUGGAGAUGUACGAGGGAAUGGACGGCGAGGUGGAUGUGAGUACCCGUUCCCUAUCUACGAUGAGAAUGCUAAGCGGAAAGGGAAGGGGAGGAACGUCCCUUCGAGGCUAUAUGAUCAUAGUGCAAUAAUUAAAGAAGAAAACAAGUGCCUAUGCUUGAUGAUAUAUCCCUUCGUACAAUGCGUAAGUGAAGACGAUUCUUCCGCCAUAAUUUUUAUCUGUAGUAUAUCACUCAUAUCAUAUUUAAAGACGGAUCAAAUAACAUAUGACUAUUAUAACAAAGAAAUAAAGAAUUUACAUGAAGAUUCAUUAAACAUAUCUAAUGGACAUUUCAUUUCCUUUGAUUCGGAAAGGGGAUUACUACCCAUGUUAUCAUUUAUCUCGUUAAAUGAAUCACUAGAAAUUGAUGAAAGGAUAUAUAUAUACGAUCAUAAAAAUGUAAAGAAUACUUUCAAUCAAAUAAGAGCAAUGUGUCAUAUCGAAAUAAAAGAAUUUACUGGUAAUUUUAGACAAUUAGAUUUAAAAAAACAAAAUGAAAUAUUAGUAAAACUAAAAAAUUUUAUAAAAAUUAUAAAACCAAUGAAUACUUUAGGAUGGAAGAGAAGAACUUAUGUACUUUACAAUAGUGAUAGUUUCUAUUUUAUGAUCAUACUUAUACAUAUAUAUAUUAAUAGAGUAAAAAAAAUGGAUACAUAUUUAUAUAAUUGUCUCAAAACAUCCGAUUUCUUAUUUAAUAUUUUUAAAGAUAGACUGAAACAAUGUGAAAUCUAUGAUAAACUUAUUGAAAAACAUUUACAUCGAAAUGCAGCUAGCUACUUAAGUAUAUUAAUUAAAAAAAUUAUGGAGAGUAAUAAAAAAUCUAUUACUAUUACUUCUGCUUUUAAAAUCUAUAUGAACAUUUUCCAAACAGCCAAAAAUUCCUAUAAUCAUUCUUUUGAAUUGAAGUUUAUUUCUAAUAUGUUCUCUUCAUUCCAAUCCUACUGCAAUGACAAAUAUAAAACUUAUCACCUCCUUGUUUGUCACAUCACUGACUCUGAUGAAACUAUUAUUUAUGGCUUUACACCUUUAAAUAAAAAAGACUAUUGGCCUAUUAUUUUUUCCAAAAUUGCGUACUCCAAUGCAGAACAGAUUGAUUAUGAUACUCUUGCCGAUGUUAACACAAUCAGACUUAGAAGAAACGACUUGAAGUUCAUACUCGACGAGAUCAAGGAAGUCUUCAGGGGGAUCAUCAAGCAUGAGCACAAGCGCGAAAUAACCCAGGAUGCUAGCACCACCGAGGAGGAAGUAGACGAAGCGGGGGAAAAGGACGAAGCGGAGGAAGAAGACAAAGCGGGGGAAAUGGACGAAGAGGAGGAAGUAAACGAAGAGGAAGAAGUAGACGAAGCGGAAGAAGUAGACGAAGCGGAGGAAGUAGACGAAGCGGAGGAAGUAGACGAAGUGGAGGAAGUAGACGAAGCGGAGGAAGUAGACGAAGCGGAGGAAGAAGACGAAGUGGAAAAAGUGGAGGACGUGGACGAAAGGAGCCUGUAA